GGAAUUGGGAAAGCGACAGCGCUGGAGUUGGCCCGGAGAGGAGCUCGUGUUAUUCUGGCGUGCCGCAACAAAGAACGAGCAGAAUCAGCUGUCUAUGACAUCCAGAGGGAAAGUGGAAACAAGGAGGUCCUCUUCAUGAGGCUGGAUCUGGCCAACCUGAGUUCAGUGCGAUCAUUUGCAGAUGCAUUCUUGAGAUCUGAGCCGCGCCUCGACAUUCUGAUCAACAAUGCGGGUGUUGAGUAUGGGGGCACAAGCGCCGAAGGCUUCAAUUUGGCUUUCCAGGUUAACCACCUAAGUCACUUCCUGCUCACUCACCUCCUCUUGGAUCGGUUGAAGCGCUGUGCUCCUAGCCGUGUGGUGGUGCUGGCAUCUAUAGUACACAGAAUGGGAAAGAUUGACUUCCAGAACAUUCACAAGCCGGUAGAUGGGCAGUGGAAGUUUUUCCAGGCCUACUGCAACAGCAAAUUGGCCAAUUUUUUGUACACUCGAGAGUUGGCUAAGAGACUGGAAGGGACCAGCGUUACCUGCUAUGCAGUUCACCCAGGGUUUGUUCACACAUAUAUCAUUCACCACAGUCCCAUCUGGCUGAGGCUAGUACUGCAGGCUGGAAGCUCGCUCUUCUUCCGUGAUCCUAUGAAUGGAGCUCAGACUUCUGUCUAUUGUGCCACUCAGGAGGGGAUUGAGGUGUUUACUGGCCACUAUUUUGCCAACUGCCAGCUUCAAGAACCCUAUCCCAAUGCCCGUGAUGAUGCCCUUGCCAAGAGGCUUUGGGAGUUCACGGAGAAAAUGUUGGGACUCACGGAGUAA